AGCCGCCCCGGGGCGGCUGGGGCCGGGCGGCGGGGCGGGCAGGGCCUGCUGCGGAAGUCGGCGGCGCCGGGCGCGCCGCCCCAGUCGCCGCUGCAGGCUGCGCCCUGUGUCCUGCUGCGCGGGAAGGCUUGUGGGGCGUCCGUCUCGGCUCCUUGGGCGGCCCCAGGCCUUCAUUCUCGCUGUCUCCACGGCCCAUGCCUGGUACUUCAGGCAGGCGCCGUGCGCGUACCGCACCUGAACUUCUGUCGCUGCAAGGCCCGGCCGGGCGCGCGGAGACCUCAGCUGCCCCUUCCUCCAGGGUCUUUAUAUCACAGAACCAAAGACCAUUCAGGAACUGCUGUGUAGCCCCUCGAAGUACCGCCUGGAAAUCCUGGAGUGGAUGUGUGCACGGGUCUGUCCCUCCUGGCAAGACAGGUUCAGCUCACCUAAGGGGGCCUCAGCCGAGGUGAAGAUCCAAGGUGCUGGCGCUGCAGCAGUGAAUCAGUCGUGCUGCUGUCACGGAGCUCGCUUGCUAGCUGGGAGAGACAGGCGACGCGCAGAAGGCGGCAGACUUCUCAGUGUAUCAGAUGAGAUGGUGAAACUGGGCCAUGAGCUGAUGUUGUGUGGGCUGGAUGACCACGAGCUCCUGAAGGGUCGGGCCUGUGCCCAGAAGCAGCUGCGCUUCAUGGACCAGCUGCUGGACGUGGUCCGGAGCCUGACUGUCGGAGGCUCCAGCUGCCUCAGCGUGAAGGAGCACUUCGAGGACACCAGGGAGAAGAAUGAGGUGCUGCUGGGGGAGUUCUUCUUGAGCCCCCGCCUGCGGACGCUCCUGAGCCCCGAGCGUGACGCGUGGCCCCUGGGCGUGCAGCCACCUCUCGACAAGCAGAGCAACGCCUGGCAGAGGGCCAGCCCCUCCAUCGAGUCAGAGGAGGACACGGUGGCAGAGCUGGCCAGGCAGCUGCAGGAGAGCGCCUCGAAGCUGCAGUCGCUCAGGGUGGAGUACUUCGCGCAGCACAAGCAAGGAGCCGCUGUGGGCGGGGCCGACGCCAGCACCCUAGACCAGAAGCUGCGCCUGGUCAUCUCUGACUUCCGGCAGCUCAUUGUGGCUUUCCUGCAAGUCUAUGACGAUGAGCUGGGAGAGUGCUGCCAGCGCCCAGGCCCCAACCCCCGCCCGUGCGGCCCCAUCGUCCAGGCCGUGUACCAGACUCUGACCUCAUGCAGCCAACUGUUGAAAGCGGUCGUGGAGGUCACUGACACCUCGGUGAAAGCCGCGCAGAUGGCGAAGCAGCAGCAGGGCAAGCAGAUCUGUUGGGGCAGCGACAAUUCUGUGAUGAGUCUAGCCAUCAGAAUGGAAGGGGUAACCUGGAAAUACAAGGUCUUCAGCAACGGACUGCCCAAUGGCCUGCAGUAGUCCCCAUGUUCCCGGGGCUGCCGUCCGCACGCUCCGCGUCUUCAGGACUGGGGGGGGGGUGACGAGGGGCCGAGGAUGGGGCGGGGCCGUGUGAGCUGGGGACAAAAGAAAGCUCAGGUUCUAACAAGUUGCCUCCAGCCUACUUUUUUUUUUUUGGUAAUAUCUUUCUUGAAGUAUAAUUGCUUUACAAUGGUGUGUUAGUUUCUGUUGCAUCACAAAGUGAAUCCUGGCCCUCAUCUGUGCGGCCUGGGCUGCUUAGUUGUCUGCCCCAUCCUGCCUGUCCCUCGAGCCGCCGCCACUGCCUGUUAAGCUCGGCGAUGCCUCGUCACCGCCUCUGGCUGAAUGCCGCCUGAGCUCCCCGCCCGGCCCCCGCCCUGCUCCGCUGCCUGCCCUGGGGCCGGCCUUGCGGAUGCCCGGUGAGGUCUCC